GCUCACCCACCUCACGGCCGACGCCGACGCCGCCCUUGCGCUCUCGCUCAUCACAUCCCAUCAUUUGUACGAGGACGGCCUCAAGCUCUUUUGCACGACGGGAACUCCGAUGCGGCGGCAAAUCCUCGUGGCGUACGGGUCGCAUCAAGUGGCGACGGGCGCGUUUGCAAGCGCUGGCCACACGUUCCUCUCGGCGGUGCCGCCGGCGCUCGAGCUGGCCGUGGACGCGUUCCGAAAGGCGUCGGAAUGGCGUCUUGCGAUGAGCAUCGCCGCCCGCAUCGACACCUGCGAUCUCGCGUCGCUCGCCUACGAGAUGGCCGACGAGCUCUUGAAUGCGAUGGGAACGACGCGCAACCCGGUCGCGGCCGCCGAGCUGUACAUCCACUAUUGCCACGACGUGGACGAAGGCGUGGCCACGCUCGUGCAGGCGCGGGAGUGGGGCCUGGCGCUGCAAGCCGCGCAGCUCCACCAGCGACGGGACCUCAUCGAGACCGAAGUCGAGCCGCUCGUGCUGCAAGCCGCCGACGACAUGGAGACUGACAUUGGAGGACGAUUUGCAACGUACAAGAAGCACUGGGUGCGGCUCACGACCUUGCGCGAGCAGAUCCGGCUCUUCCGCCUCCACGGGAUCGACGGCAAGACCAACGACGGCAACGGCUUGGACGACGGCGCGUCGAGUGCGGCGAGUGCCUUCUCCAACAUGAGCAUGAGCUCGGUCGGGAGCCACAACAGCAACCGCGACAUUCGCUUCGGGACGUCGCUGAGCUUUGAGACAUCGUCGCACAGCGCGACGACGAGUCCAUUUUACGCGGCCAUGAGCUCGACCGAGCCCACGAGCAGCUCGAAAGCAAAGAAGAUGCCGCGCCGCUUUCGCCGCACGAAGAUCCAAGAAGGCAGCGCGGACGAAGACGCGUACGUCGAGACGAGCCUGCGCGCCGCGAUGCCGAAUGCCGAGUUCCUCGCGGAUCUGCGCCAGCUGCUCACGAUGCUCGUGUACUUUGGCCAUACGCCGAGAGCCCAAACCAUCCAAGGGCAGCUCGAUGCGUUUUUACAUCACAUUCAGACCCACGUCCCGCCCGCGCCAGUCCACGGCGAGAGCACCGAGGUCGCGUGGGCCCGGCCGGACAACGCGACGUGGAUGGUGGUGUCGCGACUGCUCUGA